UCUUAAUAAAAAUUAAUGUUUUGCCCUUUCUUCCUUUCCCAUUUGGCUCAUCUUUCCACCAAAGGCAAUGCAUGGAAAUUUUAGAAUCAUUUAGGUUGGAAGAAACCCUUUAAGAUGAUCGAGCCCAACCAUCAGUCCCUCUCUGUGACGAGGCCCCGUUAGUGACCCAACCCUGAGCAGCGAAGGCAGAGUUUGUGUUGGUUGUAUUUGUCCUUCAUCCUGCAGAUUGUAGUGUGCUCCUUUCUCAAAGGACACCUUGUCCAGUUCCUUCAGUGUCAUGAACUUGCUGGUGGCUUCCUGGAAAAGAUGCUGGGAGCCUCCAGGGAGUUGAACUCGGUGAUCCCGCCUUGUAGCGCAGCCUCGCCAGACGCGGACACUUAAAAAUGCACCUCUUGUAGCAGCAUGAUUGGACUCUUGCUUUCUGAUUUCUGAAACAUCUGGGUUCACAUUCAGCAGUUCGUUUAUUUUUACACAAGCCCGAGAAGGAAUCGGAAGCCUGAGACCGUGGUGGAGCCAUCAGCCCACGGAGCAGAGGCUUGAACAAGUGGCACGAGAUCGAUGCGGCUGCUGUUCUUAGAAGGACUCUUCUCUUCCUAGAAGUUUUCAUCCUUUUACCAGGCGCUUAUUUUCUCCUGCCUCUCCUCCCUUACAUAAUUUUUGCUGCUGUGUAAAUGUUUUUUUCUUGUGGAUUUCGGUUUCCUACUCGAAAUCAGGAUUCUCCUCCGUGUAAACAAACUGUUUUUUCAUGAAUGGCUGGAAAAAAAAGUAAAUCUGUUCCACUUGAUAUUCUAACACAGAGUUAUGGAACAAAAUGCAUUACAGUCCUUGUUGUGGAUACGUGUCCCAAUGUAAUAUCAGCUUGAAGAAGCAGAGGAGUCGAAGUAUCUUUAGCACCUUAUUCUGCUGCUUUCGUGACUACAAUGUCGAACCACCAUCUACCAAUAGCACCAGUGCUCUGCCUCCUUUGGUGGAGGAGAAUGGAGGACUUCAGAAGGGUGACCAGAUGCAGGUCAUGCCUAUACCAAGUGGAAUAUACUAUUUCCACGGGACUGAAGCAGUGCAGCAGUCGUUUCACUACAAGCCACCAGCUAAAUACCUCCUGCCAGAACUGACAGCAUCAGACUAUGGGAAGAAGUGUGUGGUCAUUGAUUUAGAUGAAACUUUAGUGCACAGUUCAUUUAAGCCAAUUAGCAAUGCUGAUUUCAUCGUUCCUGUCGAAAUCGAUGGAACCAUACAUCAGGUUUAUGUUUUGAAACGACCACAUGUGGAUGAGUUUCUUCAGAGGAUGGGAGAGCUCUUUGAAUGUGUACUCUUCACAGCCAGUCUAGCCAAGUAUGCAGACCCAGUGGCCGACUUACUGGAUCGCUGGGGUGUGUUCAGGGCAAGGCUCUUUAGAGAAUCCUGUGUUUUCCACCGAGGAAAUUAUGUGAAGGAUCUGAGUCGACUGGGACGUGAGCUGAGUAAAGUUAUUAUAGUAGAUAAUUCUCCUGCAUCUUACAUCUUCCAUCCUGAAAAUGCAGUGCCUGUGCAGUCCUGGUUUGAUGACAUGACAGACACAGAGCUGCUAGAUCUUAUUCCUUUCUUUGAAGGACUAAGCAAAGAGGAAGAAGUUUACAGUAUGCUUCAUAAACUCUGCAACAGCAACAUCGUUUUAAACUGGGAUUUGGCUGAAGUACAUCAGGAGGACUGUGGACAAAUGUUGAGUCUCCAGGCGGGGGAGGAAGAGAAGGAAGAAAGCAGUGUGGUGCCAGGCUGGCAGGUGUGUAACAAGGCACCUCUCCCUGUGCCAAUUCCGCUUCCCUGCCGUGUGUGCUGAGCCCUGUGAG